CCCGGAGCUAAAGAAGACGAAAGGAUCUGAAUAAGGUAACACAGUGGGCACAACCUGGGUCUCCACGUCUCUCCUCAGUGGAGACAGGGUUUCUCUGUGUAGCCCUGGCUCUCCUGGAACUCGCUCUGUAGACCAGGCUGGCCUUGAACUCAUAGUGAUCUACCUGCUUCUGCCUCCCAAGUCCUGGGAUUAAAGGUGUGUGCCACCACCUCCCGGCACUAUUCAUUUCUGUAAGCGUCCAAAGAAGUCACUGACGGUGGCCUUGAUCUGGAGUCUCAGGAGAGACUCAAGCUGGUGAUAUGUGUGUAUGUGUGUGUGUGGGUGGGGGGGGAUGCAGAGUAUCUGUAAACCUCCAAACCAGCCUCGCCACCAGGCAGGCUCAACUGCACAGGUCCCAGGAUUUAGCUCAUUCAGUUUAACCUACUUCAGCAGUGCUGUGCACCUUCUGUAUGUGGGGUUGCCAUGGUGAGCCAUGCUGGCUGCAUCCUGGAGUUCCUGCAUGCUCUUUGAAAUUUCCGAUGCCCAGGUCUCCCCCCAGGCCAGGGGCACCAGAGUCUUUGCAGGGGGUUAGGGGUGGGCACAGGUGUUUACUAACAUGCUGUGGGUGGUUGUAAUUCACAGACAAGGGCUGAUUAGAAGUCAGAGAGAAGGAACCCUAUGCUGGAGCCACAGUCACAGUCCCUGUUUCCUUUUCUCAGGCCGGCUUGCUGCAGCAGGUCUACUGUGAGCCACGAGACAUCGUGGGGAAAGUCCCGGAUAUCGUCAUGCGUGACAGCAUCUAAUUAAUCAUCAACCCUGUAACGUGAUCUCUAGCCUAUAAAAAGGGAACCUUCAGAGUCUCAUAAACCUGACCACUGGCCUUCACAGACAUCUCCAGAACCAAGGACUUGUGUCCCAGGAGGAGCCCAGGCUAAUGGGUGCCCGCCUCAGUCCUGAGGCCAACGCUGAGGUGCCCCGCGAGGCUCUUAGUUUCCAUGGGGAUGCCACCGGCGCGCAGGUGCAUCUGGAUGACCUGCGGAGCACAGCGCGUAGGCGCUCCACGUUCCACGAUGGCAUCGUGUUCAGCCAGCGACCAGUGUGGCCCGGUGAGCGUGUAGCGCUGCGCGUGCUGAGACAUGAGGACGGCUGGUGCGGUGGCCUCCGCGUGGGCUUCACGCGCCUGGACCCUGCGCACGUGGCCCCGUCCUGCCUGCCACCCUUCGUGUGCCCCGACCUAGAGGAGCAGAGCCCCACGUGGGCAGCGUUGCUUCCAGAGGGCUUCGUUCGUGCGGGGAAUGUGGUCUGCUUCUGGGUGAACCGUCGAGGCUGGCUCUUCGCCAAGGUCAACGCUGGCCGCCCCCUCUUGCUGCGCAAAGACGUGCUGGUCCAGGGCGCCCCGCUCUGGGCGGUGAUGGAUGUGUACGGGACUACAAAAGCCAUCGAGCUGCUGGAUCCCAAAGCUGACGCCUGGAUCAUCAACGGGGAGGCAGUGCCAGAGUCUGAAGUCACAUCAGGAGAGGAGUGUGUCAUCUGCUUCCACAACACUGCCAACACCCGCCUCAUGCCCUGCGGCCACUCACACUUCUGCAGCGCCUGUGCCUGGCAUGUCUUCAAAGACACGGCCAAGUGCCCCAUGUGCCGAUGGCAGAUUGAGGAGGUGGCUGUAGUACCUUCGCCGAAGACUGGAGAAGGCUCCUGAAGAGAGAGAGGGCUUCCUGGAGUGGGUGGCAGACGGGACCUGGCUCUGAGCCAGGCCCCUGCAAAAGGAGAAACCUCUGUCUAGACGUGGGUCAGCGAGCGUGGUCACAGGCCACCAAGCCUGAUCUUGGGUCAGCAAGCCUUGUUAGCCUUGAGGAAGGCUCAGUGACUCUUUCCUCAGCCAGAAGUUCGGGAGAGGUUGAUAUGGCAAAGAGAAAUCUCUCUGGCCACUUUGGGAAACCCCCAGUGUAGCAGGGGCAGCCUGAGCCCUCAAGUUACAGCUGAGGACGUGAAGGGACGGGUCUGUGUCUGGCAGAAGCGUCAGAAGCAGGGACACAGAACAUGGUGAUUUUCUUGUCGAUUUGUGAGAUAAUCAAAAUAAAGUUUGUUUUUGUA